CUGCCUGCCUCUCUCUCUCUCUCAGCUCAUUCAAUAACACCUCGACACGUUUUCCUUUUCUUUAUAUUUCGUGUGAAUUUAAUAAAUGUCCUCAUUAUUUAGAAAUAUAGCUUCAUCGUCCGUCUCCCUUCUUUUAUGUUGCGGUCCCAAUAACCGGCCGUAACAGUGCUGUUGAGUCUGUCCCAACAGUCAAAACAGACGAGUGCAAUAAAGGUCCCAAAUCAUUAGAGGUAACAGUGUGAGGUCAGGAAAGACACGACUGGCUGAAAUAACGAGAGGAGUUUACCAUUAACCCAGCUUACAUCACAUGUCAUACUUUGCUGAAGUACAUGAUAAGUAAACAUCGUAAAUAUAAUAGUGGCAUGUUGCCAUGGGUACGCUGUCCCAUAAUGAUAGGCCAUGCUGAAUGUGACAUCAGAAAAUGGGAGGUAAACUAUUGGGAGAGUUAAGUCUAUAAUAACUCUGAUACUUCCUUGUAACAUCAGACUCUCCAUGGAUAGACUCCCUUUGUUGAUCUCCAAUCAAGGCAUUACUACUCAACUUAUCUCCGAACUCAGAAUAUUCUUAAAGAGACUUCAGUUUAUAAUUAGUUGAAUAAAUUAUCCACAACAUAUCUGUCAGAAACAGGACAGGAAAAAGGACGGAAAUUCCCAGGACAGAAGGGGUUAGUGGACCGGGAAUCGGCAGAACGUCAAAAAAACGUGGCCAAAUUAAGACAUAACUUCGGUACUGAAGACGACUUUCCCUGACUACUAUCAUCAUUAGUUUCGACAAGAGGACUUUGACAACAGUCAUUGGAUUUGUUCACUCAGACACUGGUACUUCACUCACAGGUGUGUCUAGACAACUUCUGUACUGAAGACAACUUUACCUGACUACUGUCAGCAUUAGUUUGGACAAAAGCUGAGGACUUUGACCGCAUCAUGGCUGAUCAACAGGAUGAACUCCGUGCUUUACUAAAGGAUUCUGGUGAACCGACCUUGGAGAGGGCCAUUGCCAAAGCCAGAGAGAUGGUGGAUAGGUUAGAUAAUGUCACUCUCAACAUUGCUGUGACAGGAGAGACUGGGGCAGGAAAGUCCAAAUUUGUUAACGCCAUCAGAGGUCUUCAAGAUACUGAUGAAGGAGCUGCACCCACUGGAGUCACAGAAACCACCAUGGAGCCCACCAUGUACCUCCACCCAACCAUGCCCAAUGUGAACUUCUGGGACCUGCCAGGCAUAGGGACCCCAAAGUUCAAAGCAGAGACCUACAUGAAAGAUGUCAAAUACCAAAACUAUGAUUUCUUUAUCAUAGUAAGCGCAGGAAGAUUCAAGGAAAAUGACAUGAUACUGGCAAAAGAAAUCAAGAAAAAGAAGAAGAAUUUCUACUUUGUUCGCACAAAGACUGACCUUGAUGUAACACAAGAAGCCAAAAAGGGAGAAACAGAGGAGCAAACACUUCAGAAAAUACGAAAAGACUGUGUGGAAAAUGUGAGAACAUUGGGAUCUCCUUCUGUCUUCCUCAUUACAUCAGAAAACUUGGCAAGGUUUGACUUCCAGGAACUGGUAAAUAAUCUGGAGAGGGACCUUCCAGAUAACAAGAAAUAUGCUCUGGUUAUGAGUCUGCCUGUUUAUUCCAAGGAGUCUCUUGAAAAGAAAUACAAUACAUUCAAGAAAGCAGCAUGGGCUGUGGCCUUCGCAUCAGGUGGCAUAGCGGCAGCCCCAGUACCAGGUCUGUCAACUGCAUGUGAUGUUGCCAUGGUAGUGCCUUUCUUAAUCAAAUGCUACUAUUCAUUUGGUCUAGAUGAUGGAUCCCUUGAAAAGUUAUCUAAGAGAGUAAACAAGCCAAUACUGGAAGAGGUUAAAAAAUCAUCACUUGUCAGUGCGAUUGCUGACAAAUCAUCGCUUGCAACAAAAAUUGCAGCAAAACUUGCGGUAGCAGGUGUAGUUGAGUCAGUGUGCAGCCUUAUGCCUGGGGCUGGCUCCAUAGCAGCAGCUGGAAUAUCGUUUGUUACCACACGAUCUGUGCUCCUAGAAGGGGUGAAGGAACUGCAUAGAGUAGCUGAAAAGGUGAUUGAAAUGGCAGAACUAAAGUAG